AUGAGUGAAUGGGUAAAAAAAGAAUAUGGAGAUGUUUUCACAUUCACUCAUAAUGAAAAAUAUCCCGUUCCAACUCUAAACGAAUUUAUGGAAUUCAAGAAGACUCUCGAUGAUGACGAAGGAUGGACUCUUGAUCAAGACAAAAACGAUACUAAGGUAUUAUUCAGAGAUGCAGCAAAUGAAAGUGUAUUACAAAUUAAACUUAAAUCAAUGGCCUUACAUGAUAUUCCUGUUGAUGUAUUACAUGAUGUAAUUCAAGACCCACAAUUUAGAACUGAAUGGGAUACUUCAAUGAAGGAACAACGUCUUGUUGAACAAAUUGAUGAAAAUACAGAAAUUGGUUAUUACAGUGUAAAAAUGCCUUUUACAGUAGCUAACCGUGAUUGGGUUAAUAUGAGAUCAUGGUGGUUCAAUGAAGACAAAUCUUUGUAUAUUAUUAUGAAUCAUUCAGUAGAACAUGAUAAAGUACCUGUUGACAAAAAUUUUGUUCGUGCUCAAAGUCUUAAAACUGGCUAUAUUAUUGAAAAAACACCAGAGGGAACUAAACUUAGUUUCUUUAGUUGGAAUUCAUGGAAUGGAUGGAUUCCUACAUGGGUUGUUAAUAAAGCGACUAAGAGUAUGAUUGGUCAAGUUAUUGUUGACUUAAAAAAAGCUUGUACCAAAUAUCCUGAAUGGAAAAAAAAUCAUUGUCCUGAAGAAAAAUAUUGGAUGAGUGAAGGUAAAGUUAUUCUCGAAUCAAAAAAGAAACAAGAAGAAUAA